GCUUUUCCAAAAAGAAAUAACUAAAGCUCUUGAAAAGUGAAAUAUAUAUCUACAUCAUGAUUGUAUAGGGACACUUUCUCUGUAUCCCUUGUUUCUGUACCAAGUACUUUGAUUAGGCUUUUCAAACAUUCAUCAGAUUGUAUUCAAAGUAGUUAUUUCAACAUUUGAUAUACGUCUGAGCAGCUUUAUCACAGUUGGGUGUACAGAUUUAUCUAAAUCCUGUUGAGGAAACAAGAACCUUUUUUAAUCUUGUUGGAUACUUUUGCAUUUUCCCAAGAAAGAGACUCAUACUAUAAGGCUUUUUUUUUUCCUUCAGCCUUGCGUAAAAAGAGAAAUAAUAUAUAUCAAGAAGACAUAUCCACCAAGAACAUGAUUACACAAAAAGCAAUCACUGCUGCAGUUGACCCUACAUUUUUUGACACGAAGCAAGAGUUUCAUAACGAUGAAACAUCCGGAUAUUGGCUACCAAAAGACGAGGAGGAACAAAAGAGACUUACGGCGCAACACUUUGCUAUCAAAAGCUUAUAUGGAGGAAAUGUGAUGCCUAGCGUAGCAGAGGCUCUAGAUCUUGAAGGUGGCAUAACUAUCCUUGAUGUUGGCUGCAGUUCUGGUACAUGGAUCAUGGACAUAGUUCAAGAGCAUCCUAACUGCAUCUAUCACGGCUGUGAUAUCGUUGAUGUAACUUACAAAAAUAUAGACGUAAAGCAGUUUACCUUUAGCCUUGGAAAUGUAACAAACAGGCUUCCAUAUGAAGAUAAUACUUUUGACUUUGUUCAUAUGAGACUAUUUGUUGCCUGUCUUCGCAAAGAUGAAUGGACAACGGCUUUAAGUGAAGUUAUACGAGUUACUAAACCAGGAGGCAUGAUCCAGCUAGGAGAGUUUGACUUACAGCCACAGAAUGAUUCAUCCAGCUUGUAUUAUAGAAUUCUAUCAUGUUUUAAAGAUGCGUGCAAAUCAAGGGGACAGGAUCCGAAUAUAGGAUCCGAGCUCGAAAUAAUGCUCUCUAAAUAUAGUAAUGUAAAAGUUGUUGAAUCUGAUCAUAGAGCUUGCGAUAUGAGCUCUGGUACACCCACAGCCAAGAUGUUUAUUUGGGAUAACUUGGAAGCAAUAAAGAGCAUGAGGCGUGUAUUGGGCCCUAUGUUGGGAAUACAUAAUCAAAAAGAUUUAGUCAGCUUCUUAAAAGAAUACAAGCAUGACUUGGAAACAAAAGAGAGUGUGGUUGGUUUCGCUGUUGUUACUGCUCAAAAGCUCUAG